AUGAAGAAUCCUGCAGUCCUUUCUUCUUCUUCUUCUUCUUCUUCUUCUUCUUCUUCUUCUUCUGUGUCCCUACAAGACCAACAUUCUCUCUUUCAUUACUCAUAUCUCUUCUUCCUUUCUUUUUUCCCUCACGCUGCCUUUCUCCUUUUCUUUUUCUUUUUCUGUUAUUUUCUUUUAAUUUUUAUGUUUUUUUCUCUUUCUUUUCUUACUUUCUCCUCUCAUUCUUUCAUUCUCUCUUUAAUCUUCUUCCCUUUCUAUGUCAUUCUCACCUUUUCUCUUCCUCCUUCCUCACGCUUUCUUUUUUUAUCACUAUUAUUUUCUUUUAAUUCUCUUUCUUUUUUCUAUUUCCUCCUCCUCUUUUCCUCGUUCUCUCUUUUCUACUCUUCUUCUUCCCUUUUCUCCUUCUCGCAGUUUCACUUUAUAUCCACCUUCUUUUUCUCUUUCAUCACACCCAUCAGUCCUUCCUUUCCUCAUUCCAUCAUACUAUCUUCCUCUUUUCGUUUUUCUUUUCCUCUUCCUGUUAUUUAUUUUUUUAACUUUCUAUUCCUUUCUCUUCCUUCUCUUCCGCCAUCUUCCUCCUAUCAUCUUAUAUCUGCUACCCAAAAAUUAUUUUAA